CCAACAUCACCUCAACCCUCCAUUUGCUCAUCCCCUAUUUGAGUAUGAACACACUUUUUCCUAUAUCACAAAGGAACUUUAAUACGGUACAUUAUUGCCCCAGCCUCUCACUCUCACAUCCAUCACAUAUUGGACAGACUGGUCAAAGCAUGAAACUGUGACUUGCAGCUGCCCGUCCCAAACAACUUCUCACCUCAUCCAGGAUGUCCUUAUUGAUAGUAUGCCUCUGGGCAGUGCUCAUGUUGUCCCUACCUCGUCCCAGUUGCCAAUCAUGCACCAUCGGCUCAGCCAAUGAGUGCAAAGAGGCAGAAUUUGCUCCUGGAACCAACCUAGCAGGGGAAGGCUUCGACAUCACCAAAAUGAAACGCAAAGGAGCCUUUGUCAUUGACAUGAAUGUGUGGAAACGCAAAGACAAGACAUGCACCCUCUGUAAGAAUCCCUAUCUGGAAGGGAAAAAACAGAGGCUUCCUUUGGCCGUGGUGGAUUGGAGACCAAACCACCAGUGUAGUAUGAAAGUGUCCAGUAAACUCCAUCGCUCCAGUGAGUCUCUCGUCAGCGCCAGCAGCUCUGCUGUGGAGAAUAACUGGCAGGUCAAUCUAGAGUUAGAGAAGGGAUCAAAAAGUGGGAAGAUGAUGUUCGCUGGAACCAACUCCAAAUUGGCUGAGUACUCCAUGGAGAAAACCAAGAGUGACAAGUUCAGUUUCACAAGCCACGGUGUGUCCUGCGGGUAUUACAGCUAUAGAGUAUCAGGCCAGCCCAAGUUACACAGAGAAUUCAAGACAGCAGUGAAGAAUCUCCCCAAAAUAUAUCAACAAGAAAACAAACAACGUUAUUACAAGCUUAUUGAUAACUUUGGCACCCAUUACAUUACCAAGGUGAGCCUGGGUGGAACGGUGCAGUCUGUGACCAGUAUUAUGCAGUGCCAGGCCAGCCUGCAGGGUCUCAGUGCAGAGGAGGUGAAGAUGUGUCUGGAUGUGGAGGCGUCUGCCAGUGUGGGUGACGGCAACAGCUUGAAGACUGAGUACAAGCACUGUCAGGAGGAUAAGUCUAAGACAGAGAGCAAGGCCAGCUUCUCCAGUGUCUUCAAUGAUAGGUUCACAGAGGUGAAGGGUGGCCACACCACAGAACCAGAACUACUCUUCUCUGCUGAUAAAGAUCCCUCCUCCUACAAGGAAUGGCUGAACUCCCUACCACUCUAUCCGGACAUCAUCUCCUAUUCGCUGGAAUCUCUACAUGAGUUGCUGCCCACCACCAACCCAGCUCGGAAGCACCUGCGCAAGGCCAUCAGCGACUACAUCCUGGAGAAGGCCUUGUGGAAGAACUGUUCUGAACCCUGUCAAACUGGCAUCAAAAGUGACUACAAAGACUCCUGCGUCUGCAGCUGCCACAACAACCCCGGGGUGAGCGUCGACUGCUGCCCCACCCGCAAGGGCCUGGCGCGGGUGGUCAUCACUGUUCAGAGAGGGGCCAACUUGUGGGGAGACCACACCACUGCCACUGACGGCUACGUGAAGGUAGCUUUCGCAGGCCAGACGAUCGGACGCACUACAGUUAUCUACAACAACAACAACCCCAGCUGGUCAAUGAGCUAUGACCUAGGAAACGUGGAUCUGUCAACCAGUAAGAAGCUGAGAUUUGAGGUGUGGGACGAGGACGACAAAUGGAACGACGACCUGUUAGGAGAAUGUGAGAAGGAGCUGACAGCCGGGGUGAAGGAGGAUCUCUGCAACCUCCAGCAUGGCCAAAUGUUCUACAAGUGGGAGGCGGUGUGUGCCCCCAGUCUGGGUGGCUCCUCCUGUAUGGACUAUGUGCCCUCCCCUAUGAAUCCCCACCUGGAGAAGGUGUAUGUGUCUCGCCACUCCCGUCUCAUUCCAAAGGACAUGCUGGUGAGUAUGGGAGUGUUGGUGGACGGACCCAAUCUCCAUGCCAACAAGAGCCUCAGUACAGGGAGCAGAGAGUGUGGCAGAUUUUAGAGGUAUGCAUGGUGACCCAUGUCAAAACCCCAGGUAGAUUUCUCCAACCUUCUCAAUAAAAUAAUAAAAUAAAUAUUUUGGUUGAAAAAU